AUGCAGUCGGGUCACGGCGAGACGCGUUUCGACGUUGGUGUCGAGUGGCUGCGUGCCAAGGGAAGCUGGACGUUCUACAUUAUGCUCCUUGCGAGUUUUCGGAUAUUCUUUGGCCUGGGUCUCUCGCUCAGCCCGAUGGAGUCCUGGACAAUUAUGAACGUUGUGCAUGCGGGUGUGACUUUUAUUGUGUUUCACUGGAUCAAGGGGAACCCCUUCCAUACGCCUUGGGUAGAUAUGAUGGGGAAGGGCGAAAAACAAACCUGGUGGGAGCAGAUUGACGGCAGCGUCCAGAAUACGCCGUCACGAAAGUUUCUCAUCUGCGUUGUGGUCUUCCUUUAUCUGGCCGCGGUGCACAGCACGCCUUUCGAACGACAAUUCUUUUUCGUACACGCCGUGAACCUGAUUGCGUUUCUCGUUGUCUUUGUCGCAAAGUUGCCAUUUAUGCACGGAGUACGCAUAUUUGGCAUUAACCGUUGA